GACUCACAGUGACCAUAUCCCUCCAUUCCUUGCGCCACCAUCUGUGUCCAUGAUAACGAAUUGCUAUAAAGCUGCAAUGGCCGAGGUAGACCUCAGGAAUACUUUCUCUUCCCUUCCCAUUCCUUCAUCUCCUUUCCUCAUCAAACUGGGUUAUAACUAUUAGAUAACUAGUGCCUUGUCAUUCCUAGGCAGGCACCUCAUUCGCCCUUAUACUGGCAUGUCCACACCGUCGAAACCAACGAAAGGGGAGGAAGACGGAGUUCAGCAUCUGGAGCAUUCGGUGGAACGACUCGCAACACAGGAUGCUGAGCUUCGAGGCUGGGUAGGCCUGGCGGAAGACGCCCGCAAUGCCACCCAAGCAGAACACCAGAUGUCCUUCCUCGAGGCGGUCAAGACGUACCCCAAGGCGUGCAUGUGGUCAAUGAUCGUCUCCGUGGUGAUCAUCAUGGACGGAUACGACACUGCCCUGCUCGGGUCCCUGUUUGCGUUCCCGGCCUUCCAGGAGCGCUUCGGAUACAAGGUCGCAGGGUCCGACUCUUACCAGGUCGCGGCCAAGUGGCAGACGGCGCUAGGUCUGGCCAGUCCGCUGGGGAACAUUAUUGGAAUCUUCAUCAAUGCGAGUGUCACCGAGCGUUUCGGCCACAAGAAGUCCGUCCUCGGCACUUUGGUCGUCCUCACCGGCUUUCUCUUCGUCCCUUUCUUCUCCACGAGCGUCGAAAUGCUCUUCGUCGGUGAGCUGCUGUGUGGUCUCGCCUGGGGGGUCUUCACCACCUUGUCUCCAGCGUACGCCUCUGAAGUCACCCCCGUCGUGCUGCGCGGAUACCUCGAAACCUGGGUCGUGUUGUGCUGGGGGAUCGGCCAGUUCAUUUCCUACGGCGUCCUCGAUAGUCUGGACGGCAAUACCGGCCAGUGGGCAUGGCGCAUCCCGCUGGCUGUCCAAUGGAUCUGGCCGGUACUCACCAUCCCCUUCAUCAUCUUCGCCCCCGAGUCGCCCUGGUGGCUCGUUCGCCGAGGUCGUCUGCAAGAAGCCGAACAGUCAGUCCGGCGGCUCACCUCUUCUCGCCAUGCAGACCGCGUCAAGCAGUCCGUCGCCCUGAUGGUGGAGACCACCAAUCUCGAAAGGGCCAUGACAGAGGGGGCCUCCUGGUGGGAUUGCUUCCGGGGUACCAAUCUGUGGCGCACCGAGAUCGGUUGCAUCACCUGGAUGUCCCAGGUGUUCAGUGGCUUCGCCAUCUCCGGCUACGCUGCCUACUUUUACGAGCAGGCCGGCUUACCCUCCGCAGACGCCUACAAGAUGACCGUCGGCCAGGGCGGGUUGCAUUUCCUGUGCACCGCUCUCUCUGUGCUGGCCACCGCCAGGGUCGGCCGCCGCCCCAUGAUGCUCUGGGGGUUUGUCGGCAUGGGCACAGCCAUGUUCAUCAUCGGGUUUCUCGCCCUCGGUACCCAGAACGCAGCCAUGGGAUACGCCCAGUCCGCCAUGUAUUUGGUUUGGUUCUGUCUGUACGAGUUCACCAUCGGGCCUGUCGCGUACAUCAUCGUCGGGGAGAUCUCCUCCACCCGUCUCCGCUCCAAGAGUAUCGCCCUCGGCCGCAACGCCUACAACGUCGCCAGUAUCUUCAGCACGGUAGUCGCCCCUUACACACUCAACCCCACCGAAGGAGACUGGAAGGGCAAGACUGCUUUCCUGGCCGCGGGAUGCUGUGUCGUCUGCGCUAUCUGGACGUACUUCCGUCUCCCGGAGAGCAAAGACCGCACCUACGAAGAGCUCGAUCUUUUGUUCUCCAAGAACUUGAAAGCUUGGGAGUUUAAAGACGCUUCCGUGGAUGAUGAGAAUAUAGAAUUGAUGACUAAACGGGGGUGACUCUUGCCUGUAACUACUCCUUGCCUGUAUUUCAUGAUCAAGUUCUUUUUUCCUUCCUCUUUGAUACUGAGAUUUCUUACGAUUGAAUG